GUUGCAAACAUAUCGGACUGCGGUUACCUCGGGCCACAUCUCACAGUCGGAAUCAUGGCGCCGAUGCUCCAGGAGCCGGCAGUGAACCCACACGCAACACUUAUCACGCUGUUCAUGAACGCCGUUGAUGAGAACAUGACUGGACAAGACCGUAUGGAAACCGCGAUGAGCAGCCAUUCAUCCAAAGUAUUGGUGGAAUACCUUCCGCCAAGUAAGCCACCGAUCGGCAAGUACGACCCUAACCUUAUCAAAUUCGUCUCCGCUCGGGAUCUCGUCAUUGGGUAUGAGCAGUACUUCGGCCGCUUCCAGGAAAAAUUCAAACUUCGGGAACUGGCAGAAUUCGUUGGGGCGGAAAUGAAAGACCGUCACACAAUUAUUGAGAAAUGGCCGUACAGGCUGAAACUCAAGCCUAAGCAGCCAGGGGCUCAGCAGGAGUUCGAGCUGACCCUCGCGAGCGGUCUGUCAACCAAGGAGCGUUAUAUGGAGUGGGGGAGAGCGUAG